GAAGAACUCUCGGCCCAAACCGAUUCUUUGUUACAGACCUACCUCUCCACUGCGGCGUAUGACCAUGAAACUGCCCAGUCCCUAUGGAGCCACUACUCCCUCCUGACGUCGCACCUCUCCUCGAUGCUCUGCGAGCAACUGCGCCUCAUCCUCGAGCCGACGCGCGCGACGCGCCUCAAAGGCGACUAUCGCACGGGCAAGCGGCUGAACAUGAAGAAGCUGAUCCCGUACAUCGCGAGCGAAUACACAAAGGACAAGAUCUGGCUGCGGCGCACGCGCCCGAGCGAGCGGGAGUACCAGGUACUGCUCGCGCUCGACGACAGCCGGAGUAUGCGCGAGAGCCGCAGUGUCGGGCUCGCGUUCAAGACGCUCGCGCUCGUGUCGAAGGCGCUGGGGAAGCUCGAGGUCGGCGAGGUUGGGAUCGCGAAGUUCGGUGAGAGCGUGGAGGUGCUGCACGGGUUCGCCGACGGCGCGGGCGCGGGGCCGUUCAACGAUGCGACGGGCGCACGGGUGAUCGAAGCGUUCACGUUUGCGCAGAAAGCGACGGACGUGCUCAGGCUGGUAGAGACGAGCUUGAAGGUGCUCGAAGAAGCGCGUGAGCGCAAGGCGGGCGCGGCAGGCGAGCUGUGGCAGCUGGAGAUCAUCAUCUCGGAUGGGAUCUGCCAGGACCACGAGAAGCUGCGGCGGGUGCUGAGGAAGGCGGAGGAGAUGAAGGUUAUGAUUGUGUUCGUCGUGCUGGACUCGCUCCAUACCCAGGCAAAGGCAUCUGGGACCGACACUGGCGCAAAUGCGAAUUCGAUACUGUCGAUGAACCAGGUGUCGUACAAGACGACAGAGGACGGCAGGAUGGAGCUGUCGAUGGAGCGGUAUCUGGACUCGUUCCCCUUCGAGUACUAUGUUGUGCUAAGGGACGUGGAGGCACUGCCAGAGGUGCUGAGUGGGACGUUGAAGCAGUUCUUCGAAAGGGUGUCG